AUGGUUUCGAGCACAGUCAACAAACAGUCCUGUUCCAAGGAGGUUUCCACUGCUUUAACCAUGAAAUUCUUCGUUGUAUUCGCUUGCGCUUUGGCAGUUGCUUCUUCUGGUUAUUCUACUCCAAAGUAUUAUGGACCUCAACAUCUCGCUGUGAUUGGUAAGGGUGGAGUGCCAAUUGAUACUGCUGAGGUGCAACACGCUAGGGCUGCUCAUUUCUUGCACAAAGCUGAGGCUCAAAGUGGACAUGAUUACUAUUACGAAGAACCAAGCUCAUAUUACGAGAGUUACAAUUCUGCUCCAGCAGCUCAAACUUAUGGAUAUUCCACCAAGAUUGUCCACGACCAAGCUGCUUACAAUAAUCAAGAAUACGGUUCUUCUUAUGGUUAUGACCAACACGUACCAUUGAUCGUGAAAGGAGUACCAGUUGAUACCAUUGAAGUUCAACAAGCAAGAGCUGCCCAUUUGGCCGCUCACGCCGCUCAAAGUUACAAGAACUACCAAAGCCCAUCCACUUCCAACUACGGUUCUUCUUAUGGUUAUGAGCAACACGUACCAUUGAUCGUUAAGGGAGUACCAGUUGAUACCAUUGAAGUUCAACACGCCAGAGCUGCCCAUUUGGCUGCCCACGCUGCUGCUUCCACCAAAGCCUACGACCACUACCAUCACUAUUAA